CGGAGCGGGGACGGGGGGGCCACCGGAAGGAGGCCCGGAGCCGCUGGUCAAGCCGCCUGCCUGGCCGCCCCCGAGACCCCCGCCGGAGCUGCGGCUCCUCAGCUGGCCCGGUCACCCAAGAAGCCACAUGAUGACCAAAGUAGCAAGAAGAAGCCCGGUUUUGCGGAAAGCCAUUCAGCAGCGGCCACCAUGGUGACUUUCCCCGGCUCCCGUCGCUUGUUGGCUGGCUUGGAGAUCCCCACUGCCCAGAGGCUGGGCUGAAGGUGCCGCUUCCUCCCUCAGUCCUUCCCUUGCCGGACGGCUUCCGUUGCUUGACUCGCCAUGGGAGGAUGCUUCUCCAAACCCAAGCCAGUGGAAGUGAAAAUCGAGGUGGUGCUGCCAGAGAAGGAACGCAUCAAAGAGGAGACGUUGCCCAACGGGAAGGCCAGCCCCAUUGUUUACAAGACCAAUGGCACCUCACGGCAUUACCAGCUGGAGGAGUACCCGGUUGCCCCCAACCCCUACCGGAACAUGAAGGAUGUGGUGGAGGCCUCUGUUUGCCACGUGAAGGACCUGGACAAUGGACAGAUGCGAGAAGUCGAUCUGGGCUGUGGGAAGGCUCUGCUGGUGAAAGAAAACGGAGAGUUUUACGCCAUGGGUCACAAGUGUCCUCACUACGGAGCCCCACUGGUGAAAGGGGUCUUGUCCAAAGGCCGGAUCCGUUGCCCCUGGCACGGGGCUUGCUUCAACAUCGGUACUGGCGACAUUGAAGACUUCCCAGGCCUGGAUAGUCUCCCCAAAUUCCAGGUGAAAAUUGAGAAGGAAAAGGUGUACAUCCGAGCAAGCAAACAGGCUCUUCAAGCCCAGAAGCGGACGAAGGUGAUGGCGAAAUGCAUCUCGCUGAGCAACUACAGCAUCAGCAGCACCAACGUGCUCAUCAUUGGGGCAGGUCCUGCUGGGCUGGUGUGUGCAGAGACCCUCCGCCAAGAGGGCUUCUCGGACAGGAUUGUGAUGUGCACAAUCGAUCGACAUUUGCCCUACGACAGGCCCAAGCUCAGCAAGUCAAUGGAUUCCCACGCUGACCAGAUCGCUCUGCGUCCGAAAGAAUUCUUCCGCACGAAUGACAUUGAGGUCCUGACUGAAAUGCAGGUGGCGGCAGUGGAUGUGAAGAACAAGACGGCCAUUUUCAAGGAUGGGUUUAAGAUGGAGUACAAUAAGUUGCUGCUGGCAACAGGAAACACACCCAAAACGCUCAGCUGCAAAGGCAAGGAAGUGGAGAACGUCUUCACCAUCCGUGCUGUGGAAGAUGCCAACCGGGUGGUCAAAGUGGCCACUGGCAAAAACGCCGUAGUGGUGGGAGCCUCUUUCCUGGGGAUGGAGGUGGCUGCCUACCUUUCGGAGAAGGCUCACUCAGUCUCAGUGGUGGAGCUGGAAGAAGUGCCCUUCAAGAAAUCCUUUGGGGAGAAGGUUGGGCGAGCCAUCAUGAAGAUGUUUGAAAACAACCGAGUGAAAUUCUACAUGCAGACUGAAGUGUCGGAACUGCGGGAACAGGAGGGCAAGCUGAAGGAGGUAGUGCUGAAGAGUGGCAAAGUACUCCGGGCAGACGUCUGCGUGAUUGGCAUAGGGGCCACUCCAGCCACCGGCUUUCUGAAGCAGAGCGGGGUCCAUCUGGACUCCAAAGGUUACAUCGUGGUGAACAAGAUGAUGCAGACCAACAUUCCAGGAGUUUUUGCUGCGGGCGACACGGUGGCCUUUCCUUUGGCGCUGAGGAACCACAAGAAGACCAACGUUCCACACUGGCAGAUGGCUCACAUGCACGGGCGCAUAGCAGCACUGAAUAUGCUGGCCUAUGGGACCGAAAUCAGCACCGUCCCUUACCUGUGGACCGCCAUGUUUGGCAAGAGCAUUCGCUAUGCAGGUCAUGGAGAAGGAUUUGAUGAUGUGAUUAUUCGGGGAGACCUAGACGAACUUAAAUUUGUAGCCUUUUACACUAAGAGCGACGAAGUGCUGGCCGUGGCCAGCAUGAACUACGACCCGUUGGUCUCCAAGGUGGCUGACGUCAUGGGCUCCGGCAGGGCCAUCCGCAAGCGAGACGUGGAGCUCUUCAUCCGAACUGGAGACAUGUCCUGGCUGACGGGAAAAGGCUCCUAAGAGCUGGGAAUCCUGCUUGGUUUGGUUCCCUUCGGGGACCUCUGCAAAGCCGCCUUCCUCCAGGCUUGGCGAGCCCGACCUUCCCCUGAGACUCUUCUCCCGGCUCUUCCCCUUGUCUCAAGGAUCUCUCCGGAGCGCAUCGGACAUGGACUUGCACUUGAGCUGCUAUUGUAGCAGCUCCCAGGGUGGAGCUGAAGGAAGGAACUGUGGGACCGCCGGGCUGGAAUGCUGUCCACGGAGGGGGCAGGAGAAGGAAGGGAUAUACAAACGUGGCGGGCACCUUUUGCAGGCUGGCACAAGCUGCUGAGGCUGCUUGGAGAGGGGGCACAACUUCCUCAGGGUGCUGCCUGGCGCCACCCUUCCCUUCUCCCAAGGCAAGCCCAUGCCCGCUUCUCCUGCAGUGCCACGUGCCAAAAUGUCUUCUUGCAUCAUGUGGAUCGAGGCAGAAGACUGAAAGGUCCCUUGGACGGCUGGGAGACCAGAACGUGGCCUGAGCAGCUUCCAUUUCUUACUCCUCUGUGGCUGAACCACCCUUGAUGUACUGGGAUGACUGGAAUCUGCACGUCCUUCCCUGGUUCCAUCUCCCCCCCCCUCUUUUUUUUUUUUUUUUUUUGGCAAUGCACUUUAUAGAAUCCGGACCAAGUUUCUUCUGCAGGAACGCUGAAGCUGAAGUGCAGAAUUCCGCUCUUGGGUCAGGGUGAUUUUUUACUGGAUAACCAGGGAAGGAUUGUCUUGGCUAUUAAUUAAAAGUACAUUGGCCUUUUAAUUAAAUCAAGCUUAAUUUUUGUU